CAGCACCAUGUCCGCCCCCCUCCCACCAAGCGGGCCCUUCUCCAGGAGCGACAUCGAAAUCGCGAACCGCGCCGCAGAUGGAUUCGUGCGCGUCUACUAUUCGGCGUACGACUCGGACACCCGCGCGACCGACGUGCCCAAGUUCUAUCGCCAGGACUCGACCUUGACAUGGAAUGGCACCGCACUACAGGGUGCUGAGGGCAUGCACCAGCUACUGCAGGGCAUGCCGCCGACACAACACGAAAUGCAGUCGUUCGAUUGCCAUCCGGUACCCGGCACAUCACCCCCUCAGCUCCUUAUCACCGUCUCGGGGAACGUAACGCACGGUGCAGGCCCCACCGCCAACCCAAAAGGCAGCAAUCCGAAGGACCCGGAAGGGCAUCCGCGUGUCUUCUGCCAGACCUUCAUGCUCGUUGUGGACCCAACUGCACCUCCCUCCAAGCCCGGAGAGAUGGCAAAAUACUACGUCUGUGCAGACUCGUUCCGCUUCGUCGGCUGAGGCUCUCAGCGUAUGGGGUUUAUGUGUUGUAUUUGUAGAUUUGCUCUAUGUAUCAUACGCUGUCAAUGCCAGUCACCAUACGGCACCUAAUUCAGCAGAAAAUUGCCCGAGGUGUCUAUGUACCCUCGAAAUGGACAAUACUCAAGUACUUUGGCUGUUGAACUUCAGACUGCAUCUUUCGAAGAAACUGCCAUGUGUAUUCUGCUAUUGUGAUCACUACUGUACACUGCAAAAUAAUCUUAGACAUCUAACAAGUCGUAGUGCGACGUCCUCCGAUUCCGCAGCGUUGCCACAAAUCAGACAGCCUUCCAUUCUUGGGUCUCGACAUCCCUCCCUCAACGCCUCCUGCCACCCCCACCA